AUGUGGAACCGGGACUACGCGGGAGCGGUCGCAUGCGCGAUUGCAAUGGUGUGGGAGGUGACUCGCGGUUCUAACGUCACGGCCGCAGCGGAUAAUGGACAUUUGGCCGCGCGAGCUGCUGGUUGCUAUGGGGAGCCAAGCCGUCUCUUCCCCAUAGUUUCCGCGUACGUCGUCAAUGCGGUGCGGAAGCGCAAUGCCCGCGAGCUGCAAGCUGAGGACGACGAGCCGCAGGUUGUCGCGGACCCGAAGGUGGUCGCGACCGCAAUUGUGACUGGAGUAGUGAACAAGGUCGUCGCCAAGUCUCGCGAUCUCAGGCACAUUGAGUUGGCCGCCCGCAAACGGUGGACGUUAUCGUCCAGGUCAACACUCUUCUUCUUUACCGCGAUCCCUUCCGAUGCACCCGACAUGCCCACAGCUCCUGACACGAGGAACCUCUCCCACCGUGUCCUCUCGCACCCUAUCCCUCUCCCCGUGGUCCCACCCCCCGCCUUCCAUUUACCCCCGCGUUCACUCUCGCACGGUCCCCCUCCCCGAUGGUCCCACCCCCCACUUCCCUCUACCCGCGUUCCCUCUCGCACCGGUCCCUCUCCCCUCGUUCCCUAUCGCACCGGGCCCUCUCCCCACGUUCCCUCUUGCGCCGGUCCUCUCCCCGCAUUCAUCGCGUUCGACUGUGGUUGCAUACCUCUACCGGGGGUGCUGAUGUGGACGUCCGGGUUCCCUGGCAACAGCGAGUUCACGUUCCAUAUCGGAGGCAAUUGGCACGCGCGAUUGCAUUCAUCCCUGCUUCACCAGUCACCGCACGUCCUAUCACCUCCGCACCCGCGAUCAUUGACAGGCCGUCUGGUCGCGCGUGUGUGUCCACACCGGCCUCCGAUGGACCUAUACGAUCUGGAGGCCCCCGUUGGUGGGAUAUCCGCGUGA